AUGGCUCACAACAUUAUCACUCAGGUCCAGCAGCAUGAGGAAGCACCGGUUUCGCAAGUCACAGCAGAUAUAGAUGACUACAAUACCGAAAUCAAAAUGAAUCUUCGAGGGCAAUUGUUUAGCAUCACAAGAGAUGAUCUAAUGGCUUUGCCUGAAAGUAUCUUGCUAUGUUUGUUCCCGAAUGGAGUUUUUGUUGAUAUGAAUGGAAACAUAAUCACCAACCUAACGGAAGACGACAUUGUGUUUGUCAACUUUUCUCCAGAUUGCUUUCAAUACAUUUGUCAAGUUUUUGAUACCGCUGUGCAUGAUUUACAACUUAGCGAACAAGCAGGCCAGCAUCAGCAGAUUUACGAUAUCAACGAUCCAAACAUUCUUAAUGACAAACCUUCGAUAAUUGUCUUGCGUGAAGAUUUGGAUUAUUACUGCAUUCCUCCCGUCGCUGGCCUCGAUGCGGACGCCAUGAAAAAGAUAAAGUUCUUUGUCGGAGAAGAAUUGGUGAAAAACACUAAAAUUUUCGAUGGGCUAGGGUAUGAGCCAGGUAAGCAAUUGAAGCCUGCUGAGCAACACUUAUUGGACAUGCUUUGCUCCUCGGGUUUCAAAAUUGACGGCGAAUGGGGCCAUCGUUCUCUUGAGCCUGGUAAAACAGUUGUUUUCUCGCUGGCGCUGGUUCGCUUAGCUACGGAAAGCUCAGAGGCUCCCUCUGUGGAAGGGUCACCAUCUUUAAAGCCAAUAUCUUCUGUCAGCUCACUAACAAGUCAACCUGAAAAACGAAAGUCCCGAUUAAGUACUCUUGCUCAUGCUGUUUCCAGAUCGGGAUCUCGUGGCAGGAAAGAGAAAAACCCAACGGCUACAAAGUUACUUCUGUUCUGGAGGAAACCAGCAAGGAAAUGUUGGUGGUCUGAUUCAGUGCUGGAUAUUGAUAUUUCCAGCCUGCGAAUCAAAAAUGCGAAUGGCCAAGCUUUGGGCCAUUCAACGAUCAAGAUCCAUAUACGAAGGGUGUGGACUUUGGAGCUUUCCGUGGUCGGUAUUCAGUAG